AUGGCCGGCACCACGGCCCGACCCUACACCAUGCGCCGAAAGGGUGGCGUGGUCCCGCUCCGCCCCUGGCAGCUGGUGCCCGGCACCCAGUUCGUGGUGGACAGGUUUGACAGCCUGCCGCCCUCCCUGCCCCAGCACCGCCACUGGUUCCUGACCCACUUCCACGCCGAUCACUACAAGGGCCUGACCGGGAAGUUCGACCGUGGCAUCAUCCACUGCACCCCCACCACCGGCGCCCUGGUGGCGCAGCAGCUGCGCUUGCCGCCGGCCCGGCUCAGAACGCAACCUCUGGACGAGCCCUUCGACCUGGAGGGCACGCGGGUCACCUUCCUGGACGCCAACCACUGCCCCGGCGCCGCCAUGCUGCGCCUGCCCGCCCUGGCCAGGCUGCGUGGCAGGGCCGACCUCAUCCUGGACACCACCUACUGCGACCCGCAGUACCAGUUUCCCUCCCAGGACGAGGUCCUGUCCUUUGUCAUCGAUGCUGUCAAGGCGGAGGCCUUCAACCCCAAGACCCUCUUCCUAUUUGGCUCAUACACGAUUGGAAAAGAGCGUGUGUUCCUGGAGGCCGCGCGGGUGUUGAGACAGAAGGUCUAUGUGUCUGCCACCAAGCUCAAGAUCCUGAACUGCCUCGAGCUUGAGCCUGAGGUGAGGGCCCAGCUGACGACCAGCGACCGGGAGACCUCCCUGCACGCCGUCCCACUGUGGAUGAUUACGCACGACCAUAUGACCAAGCUGCUGAAGCACUACCGGGGCAGAUUCACCACCGUGGUGGGCUUCAAGCCGACCGGCUGGACGCAUGACAAGGAGGCCGGGCGGACGAGGGCACGAGGGAGGAAACAGCAGCGGGGGUCCCUCAUCACCUACCAGGCUAGUUUCGAGCACUCCAGCUUCAGCGAGCUGCGGGAGUUCGUGACCUGGUUUGCUCCCCUGCGCAUCGUGCCCUCUGUCAACUCGGACUGCCACGGCCCAAAGGCCAAGGCGCUGGUAGACCUGCUCACAAAUUGA